UUUGAAUUUCUUGGAGUUUCAACACGUCUUCAUCCUUCUGCUUUCCUGUCUAUAACGCUGUAGUCACCAUCAGCUACAGAUUUGAUAUCCUAUCAUCAUUGACAUGAUCCUGCAGUUGUGAUUGAUCUUUCCAUAUCGGAUCCAACCAUGGCUCCUGCACCGUUCUCCCAGUUAUUUCCAAGACGGGACUUCGACACGAACGCACCCACUGAGAGUUUUGCCAGCGAAUGGGCAAAUCCUUCAAACUAUGCUUUCACUAUCCUUCUUCUCCUUGGAGGAGACGUGAUUUCCCGGGCUCUUGCACAACUCGCAGGUGGUCCCGUGACACCAGUAGCAUUCUCCUUUGGCUGGGUCUCCUAUGCCACCACAGCAAUUUGCAGUGCUGUCGGUGAAAAUAAACUCAUGCCAGGCGCAGACUGCCCGUGUGAAGUUAUUAAUGGAAAGAACGGCUACGUCCGAAGCAACAACUCCUUUGUUAUUGGCCGUAUAGUGCGUGACUAUGAGGCAUGGAUGGGCGCGUCUGUGCAUAAGAUCACUCAGUCUCUUAUUGAUGCCAGCUGGAAAUACCAGAAGGACAUAGCAGAAAAUGACUGCGCCGGUUCCGGCGCAGAGGUCCCUCGACCAAGGCAAGCUGGCUUGGUAGUCAGCUUCUGGGAACCGAGUCAGACGAUUGAAGCCGGCAAGCCGGGGCAUGAUAUUCUUCACUGGUCGGGCGUGAUAACGACUGCGUUCCAGCUAGGUAUUGCAGCCAUCCCGUGUGGUAUUUGGGGAGAUUGGAGUGUGCUGCUCAUCACGGGCGGGGCAUCAGUUCUAUGUUACAGUAUGGGAGCGCUAUCUCAGUGGGGCGUUGAGAAAUGGGCGUGCAGACGCCUCAAUAAACGGAGCAAGAAGAACUUCAUCCUGACCCGUGGAAACGGCGCACAGCAUGCCAUUGCGAUCAUCAGUGGCGGACGUGGGUUGGACUUGGAGGAUUUGGCAACGGGGUUCGACAAUCUGGAUGCGCCUUCAAUUACGCUCUUCGCGCAACUGGCCACCAUAUUCCUGGGACUUCUCUGGAUUGUAUUACUCAUCACGAGCUCAGCAAUAACGGACUCUGCAUGGUUUUUGAUUGCGGUUGGAGGAGUCGGUAUUCUGCAGAAUAUGUUUGUUGCUGGAUGGAAACGACAUCCUCAGGCGCUGGGGGUACCAAUUGAAUACCUCGACGUUGUAGGAGACGUGAAGGUUAUGAACACAUUACUGGCAGUGGAGAGAAAAUAUGAAAAGUUGGGACAGAGUAUGAUCGGAUCAUUCUUCCCAGGCGAUCUUAGAGAUAAUGAAAAGAAGCUGUGGGAAGAUGUUGCAGCAGAGUGGGCGGAAAAAAAGAGAUCAGAGGGUGUAAAUAAGGCCUAAAUAUCUGGCUGUGGGGUUGUGGGGUUGAGCGGUCGGCGCCUGGGUGUAAAGUAACUCUUGGGAGGUUCAUUUUUUAAAGGAAAUGGUGGGGAGGUUUGAUAUAUCCAUCAUGCACGCCCAUAGCUUCCGAAAAUAAGACAUAAUUCCAGCUAAAGCGGGUAUCUAGAGGUGAUACAUAGGAUCACCUGUGUUCCACGAUAGCAAGAACUAUAAUUAUUGCUAUCACAAGAUGACCACGGCAAUGCGAUGAGCAAAUUCCGGAGAAUAAUGUACAAAUCUAUCUCUUAAUAUAAUGGCG